AUGGCGGACCGCAUGGCCCAGAUAGAGGCAGACCAUGAUACCCUCACAGCAGCGCAGGCAGCCCAAACUUCAAGCCACUCACGACAAAAAACCCAAAUGCAAGCCAUGGCUAGACAUAUAGAAGAUUUGGACAAUAGGUGCUGCAGACAAAACCUGCGAAUACGGGGCCUACAGGAAGGCGAGGAAACACCCGCCCAACUUAAAAGCAUACUCACAGCCAUUUUCAAUUAUCUCUUGAACCGCCCCAGGGAGACCCCCAUAGAGUUCGUCACGGCCCACAGAGCGCUAAGACCCAGGGGUCCCCCUGAGGCACCGCCAUGUGACGUGAUCUGUUGCCUAGCAGCAUAUGCCCUAAAGGAAGAAAGCCUACACGAAGCCUACAACAGAGGAGAAAUCACCCACGAAGGUCAACACCUCCAACUUUACCCUGACCUAUGCCCAGCCACAUUGGUAUAUCGUAGGGCGCUAAAACCACUCACCAGAGUGCUAGUGGCCCAUGGGGGGUUGGGGAGGGGAAAAAGGGUAUGGUCAAAGGUACACCCCAGAAUAAUGGGGAGGAAAAGCUGCAAGGGCUCGGGGAAGACACCACCUGACGGUAGCCUGGGCGGACCAGGUUAGAACUGAAGGAGGGGCCCUCUCACACACCACUGACACUCACCCAGUGGAACACCAACAAGCGGGACCCCCAAUCUUCAGAAUAGGUGAGGGGGGGGACUGGGUGGCAGGCUUGAGACCACCAUGACGCACAUUACUAACUCACCAACUAACGGGGCCACCCAUGUCAUCACAUCCCAGUCCAACAGGGAGGUAGACAGGAGAAGAGGGUAGGGGAUGGCCAAAGCAAUAUCCACACACCUUGACACUCACUUAGGGUACGGGGAGGUGACUGGAGGUUGGGUCCAUGGAGCUACAAUCCCACCUGUACUGUCUAGAUAGCUUCGGGGCAAGGGGGGGCCAGGGGACGCAAGAGACCCCAGACAGAAGGACCUACCACACUCGGCCCUCUAGAAGGGAAUCCCCGGGUGACACCGACCACCGGGCUCCGAACUGGGGACUAGGAAUGCCCUUUGGGGUGUAAGAGAAAAAGGGCCAUGCUCCCAGCGGACAGGGGUUGUACGGAUCACGGCGGGGGGACUUGACUGUGCCGACUGAAGCGGCGGAGCCGACUCCUACCUAGCCUACACCCUAGUCUUUCUUGGCCAAUUAUCACUGUUUAUUGUUGACGGUUACUGUUAAAUUUGUUAUUUCCUGCUGGGUGUCACGAUCGCUCACAGGGACAGGGGAUGAUCCCACACCCGCAGACCUGCCCACAGGGCGUACACAAGCUUUCCCCGAACUCCCCAACCCCACCCACUACAUCUUAAUAACCUAGAAACGUGACCACCAUGCCGCCUCAUACUACACACAAACAAGCAGAGAUUAAAUUUCUCUCCAUUAACGGCAUUGGGCUGUCCUCAAAGGUUGUGUUAAAAAUGCAAUUUGUGUGUUUAUUCUCAUGUAUAGCUAAAAAUUGUAUGUAGCAUUCGCAUGAUGGUUCGGUAGUUUCAUCCGUAUUCCAUACGAAUGAAAACUACCAAACCAUUAGACCUCCCCAGAGAGAAGUGUGCACCUUAUUAGGCUUUCACACUUCUCUAACCGCAAGUUAAUGAGUGCAAUCGGUACUUUGUAUAUGUAUCUGGGUGGCCGCGGUUCGGGAAAUGAACGGGUGGCGGCGGCCAUCUUACGCACGAAAAACUCAGCGGUGUUUGGUCGUCGAGUGUCUGGAACUCAAAUUGGACACUCAAUUACCCGAACAUCGCUGAGACCUCCAGAGCUCCGUAACUCCCGAACGGAGGGGCCAACCAUCCCCUCGUUCGGUGAAUUAAAAGUACCGAACAAGGGUAUUCAUGCGAAUACCGAUUUAAUGGUGGAUGUCAAGUAUUACUAUUUAUUUUAUCUCCCGAACGGAGACCGACCGCAGGGCCAAAACACAUGGAGCCCUUUUCGGCUACCACCUCAUGUGCGGUAGGUGAAAUUGUCUCUUCCACCUAACUCCCGAACCCCUGGUCCGAUCUGGGUGAAUUUUGAAUAUGUUGGUCACCGAGAUCGGGGCUACCAGGGGGUGCCACUUAGAUAAUUGUACCUAACUGUUUUGGGGUACAUCCAGAAACCGGGUAAAACUGUAUCAUAUAUAAGUGGAUUAUGUGUCACACUCAUUGGCGGAUCCAGGGGGGGGGCAACGGGGCAAUUGCCCCCCCCCGAGAAAUCCGCCGGUCUCCCUCUCCCUCCCCUGCCAGCCGUGCAAUGUGCCUGCGGACCGGGGAGGAAGAUCAGAGCUCUCCCUCCCCGGUCCGCAGGCACCGUGCUUACAGCCGGCGGGGGAGGGAGGGAGUGAGAGAGGACCCGGAGCUCAGUCUGCAGCUCCUCCGGGUCCUCCUCGCUCGAGAUUUGGAGCGUUGCCGCGGUUACCACGGCAACGCUCCAAAUCUCGCGAGAGUGAACUCUAGCCCGGGAGCGCGGGCUAGAGUUCACUCUCCCCACUGGGACCACCAAUGAAUCACCACUGGGACCACCAGGGAUCGAAAUAUGUCCCCCCUCCUCCCCAGUAAAGGUAAGAAGGGAGGGGGGACAUAGGAUAUUUGUUUUAUUAAAUAAAAUUAAAAAAAAUAUUAUUUAAAAGCCUCCUUCCCCCCCCCAUUACACACACUGCCCCACAAGCACUGUCCCCAUACACACACUGCCCCCAUACACACACUGCCCCACAAACACUGUCCCCCAUACACACACUGCCCCACAAACACUGUCCCCAUACACACACUGCCCCACAAACACUGUCCCCAUACACACACACUGCCCCCAUACACACACUGCCCCCAUACACACACUGCCCCAUACACACACACACUGCCCCACAAACACUGUCCCCAUACACACACUGCCCCACAAACACUGUCCCCAUACACACACUGCCCCACAAACACUGUCCCUGACAUACACUGCCGCACUCACACACUUCACCCUUAACACACACCACUGCUCCUAUAUCCCAGCAGACCCCAGGUAAGUUGUCAAACUGUUCUUAAGCGGUAUGACUACUUACUCUGGGGUGGAAUCCUGGCACUACUGACACCAUAACUACUACACUGAGCUGUAGUGGUUAUUGUGCCUGGAUUAUUUAUUUAAAUAAUCUACAAGUGCCCCUCCCGAGAUCAGGCUCUGGAUCCGCCACUGGUCACACUGAGGGGAGGAGAUGUAUGGGAGGUAACUAUUGUACUAUUGGCUACUGUACCAAUUAAUGUGAAUCCCUCCCUUGCAUGUGAGAAACCUUUAAAAGGAGUUUGUGUGAUUAAAAGUUGAGUUCUGCUCCUGAUGCUGUGUGUCGUCCAGUCAUUGGGAUUGAUGUUGGGAUAUUGUUGGAUUGUUUUGCCUGCUGGAAUUAUUGCCUUAUGGAUUUAUAAUACUUGUUCCUGAGCCUUACUGGGAUCUUAAGUGGAGUUAACCUCUGGAAUAUCAGCUCUCCUCUACAUACCCAAAAAACAUUCACAUGCUCUGCGUCACUUUCAUAGCCAGAGGUCACAUGUAGUAUUCAUCCAAGAAACACAUUUUAAGGAGGGCCAGGUGCCCAGACUGAUGGAUAGACACUAUGCAAAGUGUUUUCUUAGUAAUAACCCAGAUUGGAAGUCCAAAGGCACGGCAAUACUGAUCCACAGGUGGCUACAUUUUGCUCACACAGACGUACUGAGGGACAACCACAGACGCUAUAUCUGCGUUAAAGGAACAAUAGCGAACCGCACAUACACAUUCGCGAACAUAUAUGCCCCUAAUAAACACCAACACCAUUUCCUGCGCACAGCACUCAAGGCUGUGGAAAGGUUCACGGAGGGCUGUUUGGUCAUUGGAGGGGACCUAAAUGUAGCCCUGACACCGACCAUGGACACAUCCAUGGGGUCCUCCAUGACUCCUCAGCACAUUUUAACUAACAUAGCGAAAACGCUGAACGAGAGGCGACUGGUAGAUUGCUUGAGGGUAAUGCAUCCUGUAGACCGAGACUAUACCUUCUACUCUAUCCCCAAUAAGACGUACUCCAGAAUAGACUACUUCCUCAUCCCACAUUACUACCUGACCGAUAUUCGAUGAACUGACAUUGGUACAGCGACAUGGUCUGACCACGCCCCGAUUAUGAUGACACUGAUCUCCCCACUUUACAGACCCACAUGCAGCAACUGGAGACUAAACAAAUCCCUCCUAAACGACCCAGUAGUGACAGCCGAAGCUACGGACAGACUGACGCUAUACUUUACGGAAAAUGACACACCUGAUGUCACACCUCUCUGCCUAUGGGAGGCUCAUAAAAGCGUAAUGAGGGGCCACUUCAUAGCGAAAGGCGCCGCAAUGAAAAAAGCUAGAGCCACCAGGCCAAAAACCUUAAUAGCAGAUAUACAGACACUGGAACACAGACACAAACAAACCCACCUACCAGCAGACUGGACACAACAGACGGAAAUACGGAGGGAACUUUCCUCCAUACUAAGCGCUAAUCACCACAGAGCAUACCUACAAUCUAAGGCAUUCUUCCACACCAACGCUAACAAAUGUGGUGCCCUACUUGCCCGCAUGAUUGCCAAAAAGAGAGUGGCAGCCUACAUCCCCAGGAUCAAGGACAGAGACGGGAGGGUGCAAUGCAGGCCAGCCGAGAUGGCCAACGCUAUUCGGACAUACUAUGCGGACCUAUACUUGCUCGACCCACACAGGGAAGAGGGGGACAAGGCAGACAGAAAGACAAGCAUAACACAAUAUCUAGACCGCUUGCCCUGAUCCAUACCGCAACAACCAGAAAGGAGGGUCUUCUCUUGCUCUACGCGGAGAAGGCCUUCGACCAGAUCGCAUGGGAUUUCAUGUUCAAGGUCCUUGAAACGCUGGGGGCGGGCCAUUCAUGAUGGCCUGGAUCAGGGCACUGUACUCACGGCCGACAGCACGGAUCUGCAUAAAUGGGGCCUUCACCGACCCCUUUCCGAUAAGGAAUGGGACCAGACAGGGGAGCUGUCGAACUUUAAAAUCAGCUUCUCCAAAUCCACGAUCCUCAAUGUCUCCGUCCCAGGACCCAGAGCAAAUGCUGUUUUCAAUGGUCCGACAAUGGUCCGACACCUCCCUGAAAUACCUCAGCACGGUGCUAACGAAACACCUCGCCCAACGGCUAACUUUCAACCGCUGUUAAACACCUUACAGAAAGACUUGAAGGAAUGGGAGCUGAUUCGCCUCUCGUGGUUUGGAAGAGUGGGAGUGCUCAGAAUGAACAUCCUGCCGAGGGUUCUUUACUUGUUCCAGGCCAUCCCUGCUGCCAUCCCGGAGGCCUUUUUCACCUCUCUUAGAUCGAUGGCCCUCAGGUUCACCUGGCAGAAGCAGAAGGCUAGAAUAAAACAUGACGUUCUCACACUGCCGAAAGUCAAGGGAGGACUAGCCCUGCCAGAUUUUAAGAGAUAUCAUAGGGCCACACACAUCCAAAGGAUAGUGGAGUGGACCAAACAGAGAGUGACGAAACUCUGGAAGGAUGUUGAGUCAGCACAAGUGGGGAGACCGAUAGCGGUUCUUCCCUGGCUGGACCACCAACAAGGUAGGCAACUGGCAGCCCCACACCCCCUAAUUAAAGCAACCAUGCAGGUAUGGCAUGCAAUGGCUGCACCGCUCUCACUUACCACCACACUGUCCCCAAUGCUCCCCCUGACCCAUAAUGAGGCCUUCCCACCAGGAAGGGAACCGAAGACACUGGUUCAACUAAUCGGACAUUAAAUACCAAGACUCUGCCAUGCCAUGGACAAAGGCCAAAUCAAAACACUAGAGCCCAUUACGGGGAACAACACUCACUCAUUCAUGCUACAAUUCAGAUACCGACAACUGAAAGGGUUCACGCAGGUGACCACUCAAAACAAUCACACUCUAAGACCUCUAACGGCAUUUGAAGAGAUCUGUCUGGACCCAGACCCAAUGGUGAGGGGCCUCUCCAUGCUCUACAGCAUGAUCGGGCGGAUAAGGAGACUACCACCCCAGGCUUCAUGGGGAAAUGGGAAGCAGCUCUAGGCACCACAUUCACACCUAAACAAUGGGACAAAAUAUGACCCUCUCACUUCACUGCACACCGUCCAGUGGGACGCAGGAAACAGCAUACAAAGUCCUAGCCCUCUGGUAUCGCACCCUGCUUAACACACACAUAUACGAUACCACGGCGGACGACACGUGCUGGAGAUGCACAAGACACAUGGGUACAAACCUCCACAUAUGGUGGGACUGCUCAACCAUCCAACCAUUCUGGGCGAACAUCUACACAAUCAUAAAAAGGUUCACAGACACACCACCACCCCUGAACCCUGCGACAUUUCUCAUCCACCACACCACGACAAAGACAGCAACUUACAAAAAGUCCCUAACAAUCAGAAUACUUAACGUGGCCAAAAGCCUAAUCCCUCUCUACUGGAAAAAACAAAGCGCACCACCCUAGCGAUGUGGUACCAACGCAUGGAGGAGCUCAGGGCGCUAGAAGAGCUCUCCCUACUGGCAGAAGAAGACGCAGACAUAUAUGACGAUCUGGACACAUUGGAUUCUGACUACUGCUUGCGCGGACUUUCAGGACAUGUUGAACUGACUGAGGACAACAGACAAGACAAAGGGCUAACAAAACCGAAAAAAAAACAAAAAACAAACAAAAAAGAAAACCUGUAGGACAUAAAAACCACCCUGACUUUCCCUGCUCGGUAGGGAGCAACACGCUAAUAGUUAUAAAGUAAGCUACGAACCACCCCUGCCACAACAGAAGACCCAGAAAGGCUACAGUAACUAAACACUAAGGGGAACGGCCUAUUCAAACAUACACGCUUUAGGACCUGCAAGUCCAAUCGAGAAAUGUUAUUUGUUGUUACAUGGUGACUUUUACGCCACCACUGUUGAUUUUUGAGUCCACUAUAUUUCACAUUAUCCAUUGAUACGUACCAAUACUGGACCUGCGUGUCCACACCGACGGUUUCAUUUAAAAAAUUAAAAAAUUAAAUAAAAUAUUGAAUAAAAAGAAAUUCACAAAAAAUACUUUUUAUAUGCAAAAAAAAUUUCUGGUGUGCUUGGGUUUCCUUUUACUAUGAUUUAUGGAUCUGGUUGGGGAUCAGAUUUUCCCUUAAAGCACCUGGUUAUUCUUUCCUAUACUAUUAUCCAUAUUAACAGUUUGAGCGCUUACUAUACAUUUUCUUUACAAAUAUGAUUUCAAAAUGUGGGACAGCUCCCAGGCAUCAUUUUUUUUUUACAUUGGCAGCCAGUUCUAACCCCCAUAUAACUAAUGAGAGGACAAAAUCAUCUCUUACCCCAACCAACAUUCUGCAGAUGGAGGCACAUUCCCUAAAUAAGAAGUAGCCAGCAUCUGCUCAGCUGCUAAAGGAACCUUCUAGUCAUCAUUAUCACUUAGUCUCAAUUUAGCGGUUAUAAUGAAUGGAGUCACAGGCGAUAUCUUAUUUUCAAGUAUUAAACUGUUUUUGAAUGUACAACCAAAGGACUAACCCAGGAUGGCAGGACAGGGUCUUGCUGACCUCUGAACAAUUGGAAGCUAGACUUGUGCAAUUCGUUUAGUUCCGAAUGUAUAUUUGGAAGAAUUUCAUGCAAUUCAGAUGCUUACGAAUGCCCAAAGUGACAAAGUGCGGUAGUUUGGAAGUUCCGAAUAGCCAAAGUUCCGAAGUGCUUCAGAUUUCUGAAAAGUGGCAAAACAAGAGAAAGGGAGGGAAAACUAUGUAAAUUAUUACAGGAAUUUUGACCAAUAAGCUAAUUCCUGGCACUGGGAGCCCUAUAGAUGUGUAAGUGGUUUUUAUGGUAGUCCUGGCACUGAGAGGCGAGAGCCCUAUAGUUGUGCAAGUGGUUGUGGUGGCAGUCCUGACACUGGGAGCCAUACAGAUGUUGUGAUAAUAAUAUUCCAUAUUAAUUAAGAAUGAUUGAUUGACAGUGGUGGCUCUAGACUUGGCAAGGCCUUAGGCGAAACUCAUACAUGAGGCCCCCACUAACACCAUUAUUGGAAAAAAUAGCAGUUGACUUGUGUGUGUAUAAGAAGCUGUAGAUACAUUGAAGGGGAAACUUGCAGUACCAGAUAUAGAGAGCUAGUCUUUGUGUACAUCGUUGCAUUGUCUAACUGUGUGUGCCUGAGAGUGUGUGUCUGGCAAUAAGUAUCCUUGUAUAUGUAUAUGUAUUUUUCUCUGAGCAGAGUAAGAGGGGGGUGACAUAAUAAGAGGUAGGAGUCAGAGUGAGGUGACUGAGUGAGAGGGGGGGUGACAUAGUGAAGGUGGGUGACAGAGUAAGAGGGUGGGUGACAGAGUGUGAGGGGGUGAGAGAGUGUGAGGCUGGUGACAGAGAGAGGUAGGGAUUACAGAGAGGGGGGUAACAGAGUGAGAAGAGGGUGACAUAGUGUGAGGGGGUGACAGAAUAAGAAAAAGUGACAGUGUGAGGUGGGAUGACAGUCAGUGGCAUACACACAAUCCAUGGGGCCCCGGUGCGAAACUGGUCGAUGGGGCCCCUCCCCCUCUCUCCCCCCAACAGACAGAGACACACACAUACAUACAUACAUACAGACACACAUACAUAGAGACACACACACAUAGACACAUACAGACAGACAGAUACAUACACACAUACAUACACACACAAGAUACACAUACAUACAAAGAAAUACAUACAGACACACAUACAUACAUACACACAGACGGACAGACACAUACAAACACACAGGCACAUACAUACAGACAGGCAUACACACAGACACACACACAAGACACAAAUACAUACAAAGACACAUACAUACAUACAAACAGACAGGCACACAUACAGACAGACAGACACACACACAGACAGACACACACAUACACAUAAACACACAUACAUACACACAGACACACAGACACACAAAGACACAUACAUACACACACACACACAAGACACACAUGCAUACAAAGACACAUACAUACAUACAAACACACACACACACACACAGACACACAUACAUACAAACACACACAUAUACAAAAUAUUUUAGUCAUCCUCCUGUUUCCUACCUUUUAGGUGCAGGAGGGUGACAUUCCCUGGGGUCCAGUGGUGGCACAGGCUGGUGGGAGUCAUAGUUCCCACCAGAGAGGUGACAGAGUAAGAGGGGAGUGAGAGGUGACAGAGUAAGAUGGGGGUGACAGGGUGAGAUUUGGGGUGAUAGGGUAAGAGGUGGGGUGACAGGGGGUAACAGGGGUUACAAGGUGAGGGGGUUGGCGGGCGACAGGUGGGGUGGCAGGGUGAGAGGGGUGGCAGGGUGAGAGGAGGGUGACAGGUGGGGUGGCAGGGUGAGAGGGGGUGACAGAGUAAAAGGGGGUGACAGGUGGGGUGGCAGGGUGAGAGGGGUGACCGAGGGGGGACAGGUGGGUGGCACGGUGAGAGGGGUGACAGAGUGAGGGGUGGCAGAGUGAGGGGGGGUGAGAGGGGGAGGACAGGGUGACAGGUAGGGUGACAUGGUGAGGGGGGGUGACAGGUGGGGUGGCAGGGUGAGAGGGGGGUGACAGGUGUCCUGGCUCCUCGGUGGUCCGGUGGGCUCUCCAGUCUGCAACUCCACCUGAUGUAGACCACAUGAUGAAUGUCUCGCGAUCUCCAGUCACAGCGUUGCCAUGGUAAACCUUGGCAACGCUCUGAAUGGCUGGCGAUCGCGAGACACUUCAGUCUGCAGCUCUCCCCCAGGGCAGACCGAGCGGAGGGGCCUUGCACUCGGGCCAAAAAGGGCAAGCCACCGGGCACCCUCCAGUGUCGGGUCCUCGGUCAUAGACCAACAACCCGACAUGUCAGUCUGUGCUAUGGCGAUUUAGGCAGCUGCGAGGCCCCUGACAGCAUGAGGCCUUAGUCGUCCGCAUAAAUCGCCUAAUUAGAGAGCCGCCUCUGUUGAUUGAUCACUAUUGAGCAAAUCAAACCUUUAUAGAUAGUUAAGAUGGUGCCGCUACACAGCACUGAAAAUGUUAAUAAAACCACAAAAAACAGCACCAGAAUGACUCAUGCAUACCAUCACGAGAUAAUUAUUAGUGCAAGAGCUAGCUUCUAUAUAAGAGAUAAUUAACAGCACAGAUCUGGCAUAGCAUUGUUGGUGGCCUGAACCGCCUGUCCAGCUGCCGGUCCGAUCCAAUGCUUUUGCAAGGUCUUUGCUGGGCUGCACAGAUAAGGAGACUUGGUGGAAUAGUUACAGACUAUCCCAUUGGUAAAGAUAAAAAAGACGAGAAAACUUGGCACUCGCUUGGAGUACCACCCACCUGUAAUACGGACGCGUAUUGAUGGUUCUGCUGAUUCCAAGUAAGAGAGAGUCCCCUUCAUGCCUGACUGACAGAAGUUCUCUCAGUCGAGUGCAGCAAGCUUUUCUUAUGGUGAUGUAUACUUAAGCUGAAUAUCUAGAUAAUUAAGCUGUUUCUUUAAGCUGGAUGAUUACUUACUAAUUAAGUCUCUGUUAAUCAAAAAAGUUUUUAUUGAUUAUUUACAAGUACUUGGUGUCAGUGUCUUUCCUUUUCUCAAAUACUCAAUUCACUCAUCCCGAAUAGGGUUUUGGUGCACAUCAAUAUCUUUUAAAACCUUAGGGUAAUUGAUAAUUGCUUUUUGAUAUUGGCGCUUCGUGAAUUUAAUGAUUAAGCACAACAGAUGUGUAUUCAGCUGUCUCUGCGUGUUUUCAGCCGUCUCUGUGUGUGCAUUCAACAGUCUAUCUAAGGGUGCUGCCCUAGGCAUGACAGAUCUCGUGCACUCCCUAAUUUAAAUUUACCUGCCCCUUCCUGCCAAGGCCACACCUCUUCCGGUUAAUAUACACACAUUUUGACUGACAGACACACACUCAUGGACCAGCACACACUAUCAGAUACACUGGAAUACACACACAUACAAUCAUUCAGACCAGAGGCGGCUCUAGACUUUAUGAGGCCUUAGGCGAAACUCAAACAUGAGGCCCCACUAACAAAAAAGUGUCACAUAUACACAUUGAGGCACUGUCUACCUGUGUAUGUGCCUGAGAGUGUGUCUGACAGAGAGUAUCUUUGUGUGUGUGAAUGUAUGUCUCUGUGAGCACGUUUGCGUUUUUGUCUGAGACCGUAUGUGUAUGGGGUAGUUGCUUGAAGUGUGUUGUGUGUAUGGGGGGGGGGUGAUGGUGAGAGGGAGAGGAUGGUGAGAGGGAGAGGGGAGGGAGAGGGGGUGAUGAGGAGGGAGAGGGGGGUGAUGGCGGGGUGGUGGGAGGCUGAGGGUGGUGGGGGUGGUGAUGCUGGGGUGGUGGUGAUGCUGAGGGUGGUGAGGCUGGUGGGGGUGGUGAGGAUGAUGGUGGUGGGGAGGCUGAGGGUGGUGGGGGGGUGGUGAGGCUGAGGGUGGUGAGGAGGCUGAGGGUGGUGGGAAGGCUGAGGGUGGUGGGGGGUGAGAGAGAGCCUACUUUUACUCCCUGGUGUUCCAGUGGGCUCCCUGGUGGUCCGGUGGCCAUUGCUUCCGGUCUGCAGCUCCGCAGAGCUGCAGACCAUGUAAUCUCGCAAGACCAUCUCCUGGCCGUGGUAACCCGCGCCAACACUCUGAUUGGCCGGUUUUCGCGAGACACAUGGUCUGCGGCUCGUCUCACUGCUGAGCUGCAGACCAGUGUCUGCGGUGGCUGGCCGGGCAGCCAGGAGGGGCCUCGCACCCGGCGUCAUACCGGGCAAGCCGCCGGGCCCCCUCCUGGUGUCAUUCUGCCCACAGGUGGUUAAGGCGGCCGCGAGGCCCCAGCCAUUGCGAGGCCUUAGGCGGCCGCCUAAACCACCUAAUUAGAGAACCGCCUCUGAUUCAGAUGCAUACACUCACUAACAGACACGUCCACUUACUGACAACAUGCACAAUCACUCAGACACACACACACUCACUGACCCACACUCCCUCACAUUCACUGACACACACACACACAUUUUUCCCCCCCAACACUCACAAUUAUUAUUAUAAUUUUUUUUUACAAAUUUAAGUCCACCCAGCCUCCCUACUUUUGGGACAGCUGGGUGGAUUUUUCACCCGGGGUCCAGUGGGGCUGCUGGGCAGGAAGGUGGCUGGACGUGUAGGCGGGCAGCCUCUCUAAGUUGUCAACGAGGAAGCUGUGAUCUCUCUGCUCAACUCCCUCGCGCGCUGCAAAGUGAUGCCGGAAGCCAGACAGACGUCAUAUUCCGGCUCCCAGGAUCACUGCGGUUGUGCAAAACAACUGGCCGCCUGUCGUGGGAGGGCCCAACGGUGGCCAGCCGGCCAGCUGUUGAGCCCCCAUAAAACAAGGCAUUAGCCUGGGCAUUUGUGCGCGGUGUUUUUUGCCACCUCCUGGAAAGUGCCGCCCAAGGCAAAUGCCUUGUUUGCCUUGCGAUAGAUUCAUCUCAUCGCUGGCAGUAUGUGUGUAUAUUUAGCAGCAUGUGGAUGUAUUAAGAAGUCUGAUGGGAGAAUGCGGAGUGAAAUAGAACAAGACUAUCCAUCUCUAAAUGACAUGUACAGUGGGACCUGGUUAACAUAAUUUUCGGUUUCCAAAUGAAAUGAAUUAUGCAAACUAGCCGGUAUUUGUCUUUUUACAGUAAAGGAGGCAUCCCCAGCUCCUGUGUUGCAAUAAAUGAUUGUGGGCGUGCUGUAUAAUGUGUUACUGUCAUUCCUCUUCGUGUGUCACUUCCUGGGAAAGUGAAAGCCGGUAACACGCUGUCCGUGCUGGCGCUGUUUGUAUCCAUGUCACUCAGAGCAUAGGUGGAGGAGCCAGCGUGAACCAGGCGGGGCGGGGCGGGGCCCCUCCCACUCCCAUGAAGCCCGUGACGUAUUUAGAAGUAUGGACCUGCCCUGGUUGCUGUAACAACACUCCGAGCGUCUGUCGCUCACUCAACAAGCCAGUGACUUGGGCUCCAGGUAAUGCGAGCAAGUUUGACCCUGCUGCCCUGCCGUAGACCGGAUGACACGCUCCGUCACGUGACUGAGAGAAAGAAGCUGACAGCAGAGAAGGCAGAGAAGUGAUCAGUGGAGGGCAGGGGGAGCUGGCUGUCAGACAACACACAGCCUUCAGAAUAGACAUUGUAAGUAACUAUUCAUAUUAUACUUAUUAUUAUAAUCACCUCCUCCAUCUAUAUGUUUUGUAUAUCCCAUGUCUUGUAUGUUAUUCACACAGAUUGCUCACUGUGUUACUGGAUAGGAGGGGGAAGGAUGGAUGUAAACAAUGGGUGAUUCUUAAUAUAGCUAUAUGUUAACAACUGCUACUGUUUUACUAUUUUUAUUUAUUAAUAUAUAUAUUUUUUAAAACAUUGUAAUUUUUAUUUUACGCUUCUUUUACACUUUUGACACUCCAGGUUUAUCAAACUUGCCAUUGGCAGUUAUUAUAUUGUUGUUACAGUAACCUAUUUGUUAAUUCUGUAGGUUGUUACAUGUACAAGUUAAACAAGGCUAUGUUGGUGAAAUAUACAUCUUUAGGUAUGCUGAUGCAAAUUAAUUGGUUUCAGACUAGGAAAAAUAAACUAUAGGAUUUAUAUGAACUGCAGUUGUAAAUGAGUGUAAGUAUUAUUGAAACAUAGAUCAUUUGUUAUAACAUUUUGGUUUGUAUUUUAUCAUUGUUUAAAUGCACAUUCUAAUGUUGUAUUUUUAACUGCUGGGUGUUCCAAUUUUGCUUUAAAUUUAUGCCCUACUUUCCUGUAAUUCGGCGCUGGAACAGUCUCCUCUCAACAGUCACUCAACCUUAGGUGAUAUCAUCAUCUGUCUUUCAGUCCAAUCUAGUGCAUCGUAGAGAAGCAUUGGGGACUUACGGAUCAUGUUCAGGAAUUCCCACUCUCAGCCAGUGUGAUAUUUCUCAAAGAAAAUUGGAAGCAUUUGCAUUGUCACGUGCUUUUUUUUAUUUUAUUUUUUUAUUAUUAUUAUAAAUUCUGUUCCUUCCCUUUGUCCAUCCUCCUGUUAACACUCCAUCCAUCCCUCUCUCCCUCCUCUAAUCUGCUCAGAUCACUUAUAUGCACUCUGAGCCUGUGAGAAUGGUCCAAUUAUAUGCAUUUGCUUGGACCUCGGAAAGGAGGGUUAUGGUGUGAUAACAGGCAGGGCGUGGAGACGCUCAAAGAGAACCUCACCUGGCACUAGACUCAAGGUAAAGUGUGUUUUUUUAGUAAUAUAAAUUUUUACUAAAAAUGGGUGGGGGGGGGAAGGAGUGUGGACCAAGUGACAAGUGCCCAAUAGAACAUUAUAGAGUAAAAAAAGGAAACUAGAGAAAACGGAUUGGAUAAACCCUUUAAAAAGGAAUUGAAUAAUGAUUUUACAAUAGUUUCCAACAAACCGUUUGAAAUUGGGAACAUGCAUAUUAAAUUAAUACACUUAAAUUUUAAUAUAUUAAAGGAACUCACUCAUUUUCUCUUCUGGUUCAACUCAAUCAUUAGUUUUUUUGUUUUUUAAAUUAUUUUAAUUUUUUUUAAAUUUUGUUUUGUACCCAGGCAGAAGAAACUACAAAACACGUAUAAAGAAAUUUUUCACAGUCAGGAUUAUGUAAGUGCAUUUCACUUUAUCUUGUAUACAUUCGUGUGUCUGUUAUUUCCAAUCUAUAUUCAGAACAUCUAACUAGGUCUAAAGGUGUGCCUGAAAAUGAUUGCAUUGGCUUGGAAUGUUUUUAUAGACUACAAUUAGGCUAUAGAACGGUGUUUUUGAUAACUGUUGGUUGAAAAUGUAGUUGUAUAAUGCUUGAUAUGAUUUUUAGUAUGCAAAACUAUAUUGUUUCAUAACAACAUUAUUAUUAAAAUUAUUUGGAUUUUUAUUUCUUAAAAUUUUGCUAUUUUGCAUAUGUGGGACAUUAUCUCCUCAACCCCUUCAUUUUAUUUUCCUUGAUCUUUUACACAGGCAUUAAAAAUUAUUGGAAACCAAAAAAGUGUGUAGUGCUUUAGAAUAACAAAAUUAUAAAUAGUGCAAAAAUUAAUUGCGACCAACCCACACAAUUAUAGCAGCACUCACCAAAAGUGACAAACAAGUGAUACAUAAAGUAAAUGAACCAAUAAACAGCGUGCUUAAAUUGUGUACACCAUAGAUUCUUCAAAUGUUGUUCUGCAAAUGAUAAGAUAAACAUACAAACAAACAUAAAGUUACAGGAAGAGCCCUACUGAAAAAUGGAUAGUAAGUGUGUGGUUUAUAAAUUACAGGGUGCACUUAAAGGAAAGAAAUCUGUUCCCAUAACAGAUAUAUACAUGUAAUAAAAAUAAGAACUAAUCCCAAGGUUUUGCAAAAAAAGAAAGAGUAUUUAGUCAUGCAUAUAAAACACAAAAGCAUAUCUUUUAAACAGAGAGUGCUAAACCAGUAUAUAGUACCAAAACCACAGUAUAAAAUGGGUUUUUGACUGUAACAUUUCUAAACUCUGCAAAGAUCUGCACCUUAAAGGGACAAUAUAAGAACCAAAACCACUACACAUUAGUGCAGUGGUGCAUAGAUCUUGUCCCGCAGUAUGACAUUGUAAAAUAUUGUAAUUUCAGGGAAACAGCAAUGUUUACAUUUGUCCAUAAACACACUUCUUCUAGUGGUUGUUAGAUUGACAGCCACUAGAGGAACUUCCUCAGUGAAGGUGUUUAAUUAUUGAGUCUUUGUGUGUUCUUCUUUUUAGUAAUUAUGUUUGAAGUGAAUUUUAUGUUUAACUCUAACUUUGAAUGCAUUUUAAAACACAUUUGGCUUGGCUCCACUGGAGCAUCUGCCAUUUGUUUUCUUGUUUAUUUGGUUCUUCUGAUUUAUACCUAAUAUGAGGUGACUCCCUGGUGUGGGGUUACUGGUGAGUAUAACGUCAUUUUAAAAUGUAUUUAUUUUUAUUUAUUUUUUUUAAGGAGGUGGGCAUAAUCUAAAGUGUAAGGAAUACACGAACACUAGUUAGUAAUUUAAUUAAUGGUAAAUUGCAGCAAAAGCAUGAACUGUCCAUUUAUCUCUGCAUAUGCCAUUGCAUAAUUUGUUGUUGCGAUAUAUGAAUUAAGAUAUUCAUGCAUAUAAUAUAUUCAAGGUUUAGAGAGCUGAAAAAUUGAGCUGCACAUUUUAGGCCAAAGUAGAGGAAAUAAAAUAUUAUACUUCUAAAAAAUGUUUCUAAUGUGACUGCUCUAAAAUGUUUACUUCCUUGUAAUUACCAGCUAAAAAGAUACCCCCAUUAGUCUCCCAAUCUUCUGACCAGGUUUAUUAUUUGGUGUAGUUUAAAUACAAAUUUAGUCCACAUUGGUAGAUUUACCCAGUAAUUGCAAGAUAUUAAUUCUUAUCUGUGACACCGGUAACAAGGGAACAGAGAGGAAUCAGACUGUCUCCUUGGUAGAAGAUUAUGUAAUGACAAUAUCUGAACCUUGUCAAAUUGGUUCUUGUGAUAUGUUAAAAAGUUGCCAAGGGUGUAAUUUUAACACUUGAUGUGGUAGUCGUCGAGCCUGUUUUGUAUGGGUCAUACGUUUUACUGUUCUAACCAUUAGCUAAGGAAUGUGGGUUAAUUACUACCGCCUACAUGGUUAUAUAUAACUUUCAACAAUAAAGUUACAGAAAACAUUCCUAUAAUGCGGAUUUAAGGAAAUAGUGCUGACUGCAAUUUUUUAUUUGCUAUGACUUGCCCACAUAUAAUGCAUAAGUGAAUAAAGGUACUGGAAACAAACAAGCCGUUUCUACUGACAGAGUUUUAUGUUUAAAGGGUCUCUCUAUAACAACUUUGCAUCAUCACAUAGUUUUAGGCAUAGAGAAUAUCCUGAUCCUGGUUUCCAUGUUCAAGUGGACUAGUCACACAGUAAUUGACUGCUAAACCUAUAAGUGUAUGUUUUUAUAUCUAUAUAUGCACAACUGUGAAUAGUCUCAAUAGACCUGAUAGCAACCACUGUAUGACUGACAUCUGCUUUUAUAGGAAUUAUAUACUCCCUGUGUAUCAAGAUUGGUGCUGGAGGUUGAAUUACAUUUAUGAUAAACUUUACUGGGCAGGUUUUAGGGGAUAAUAAAAAAAUAAAAAAACACUGCCCAGAAUGAAAGGCUUUUGGUAGGUAAAGUGUCUUUGUGGUCUGGGAGGUGUCUUCCCGUUACAGCACUUGCUUACGUAGGUACUCAGUGUUGUAUGAGAUUAGAAGGUAAGUAUGUCUUCAUUUCAUAUAUUAUUUAUUUUGUAUUUUUUAUUUUUUUGAUGUGCGGGGUGGACCUGGUAACUGAGUUCCAUUUAACUUUACUGUGUUUACCCAUUUGCGAAUGAAUUACCAGUGAAGUUCUACCCCCGGGCAUGUAAUAUGAUACCUUGGACAGCCUCUGGGAGCUAUUUCUGGACACUCCUCCUAGUGCUAUACUUGGAAAACGUCAUCAAUAUUUUCCAGUUAUUAUAAAAUGUAACAGAGAACAACCUUAGGAACACUUCAUAUUGAUGUGGCUCUCUUAUCAGAUACAGUCUAUGCAGCAUCAUAUAGUUUGUAUUGAACAUCUAUAAAUUUGUCCAGUAGUUUUAAUGAAAUUGCUCAAAGAUGCAUUUGUUUGUUUUUACAAAGGAAGCUUGAAGAUACUUUGCAAACCAUGGUAUCUGAGUGGCUGCUAAAUAUAUUAGAAAUUGGUUGGAUAAAAAUAAGCAUAAUCUGCAUAAGGUGUUUUUUUUUUUAUUUUAUUUUUUUUUAUUGAUUUACAUUUUCAGUUGAUAGUGACAAAUUACACUUUGUGCAGUUAUACAAUGUACAAAUUCAUUUUUUGGGUUUUUUUUUUUUUUUGCUGUACAUUUUUGCUUGUGCUUUGCAGCAGUGCAUCCAAAAAGGGUGCCAAGUAUGUGCUCAAACCUCUGCAUACAUAUAUUGCUACUGUGCUCCAACCUGCAAUAUAGAAAUUGUGCUAGAAAUGAACUUUGCUACUGUUUUCUAGUAUACUAUUUGCUACUUUACACAUAACUUCACUUAAAGGAAUACUAUAGGGUCAGGAACACAAACAUGUAUUCCUGACCCUAUAGUGUUAAAGGACCACUAUAGUGCCCUGAGGGUACCCCCACCCUCAGGGUCCCACUCCCGUGGUGCUGAGUGGGAAGGAAGGGGUUAAUCCCUUACCUUUUCUCCACCUCCAGGCUCCCUCUGCGCUGGGACUCUCCUCCUUCUUCUUCCGUCAUCGGCUGAAUGUGCAUGCGCGGCUAUAACUUUCCAAUAUAUAUAAUUUUUUUUAAAUAUUUUUAUCUAUAUAUAUAUGUGUGUGUGUGUGUGUGUGUGUGUGUGUGUGUGUGUAUGUAUGUGUGUGUGUAUAUAUAUAUAAUUAUUUUUUUUAUUUUUUUUUUUACACUUAUUUAACUUUUAUUUUAUUUUAAUUCAGCCAGCAGGGGGACUACCUGUCAUUACAGGCAGUCCCCCUGCUGGCAAUGCAGCAGCCAGCUAACCCGGCCAUGUGAUUGUGAGGUCCUCGCAAGGACCUCACUCUUACAUGGCCGGGGGGGAUGCUGGAGGGAAGAUCUGCCGCGGGGGGGGCUCCACCGGGUAAGUAAAGAAAGACCAGAUGGCGUACUAUUCAAUCCUGCGAUCGGUCAGCAUAGCGGUCAGGGCCGCCCCCCUGAAACCAUUUUUUAAUGAAAUAUUUGACAGGCAAAGACAGGGGACGUGUGGCCUGGGGUUGCAUAAUCAUACACAAAAGUGAUUUAAAGGACAACUUUCACUAGAAUGUUAUUAUUUCUGUAUUAUUAUGACUCCUUGCAACAGGUAAUGAAAAUUAUAUAGCUUUUUUUUCUCUUAAUGAAGUAUAUGUAAAAGUACCUGAAAAUCUGAACCCUAUUUUCACAGAACAUUAGAUCUCUCUGCCAUAUUAAUUCAUCCUUGGCUCGCCACAGAAUGAGCACUCCAAGUGGGGAAAGCCCUUUUAUAGGCUACAAUGUGGGGAAAUUUUCAAUGGUUUGGAAUAUGACCAAGAGCGCUCUGGUUAGUAAUCAAUCAGAGUGCUCUGACAGCCAAGUCUCACUUCUCUCGAGACUUGCCUGUCAGAGCACUCUGACUGAUUCUGACCGCAUUUGGCUUUAGUAACUAUGAGAAUUGCCAAUUCAGUCAGAAUUAAAACCUGGCAGACCAAACAGAGCGAAGGAUUCUGAUAUCACCAACCUGUUCAGGGAGUGAAGCAGGAGCCUAACAGUUGAAUUCUACCUCCGACCGACCGAAGGUGUAUAAAUAUGGCCAAGGGAUCUACUCCGAAGUGCUGCAUAGUGCAGAUGCAUUAAUGAUGUGCUCAUGCUGUGCUGCCUGGGGACACUAGAGAACUAAAGCGGGACACUGAAAUUGAAACUGUCCUGCCUCAAAGGGGACUGCAAAUGACAAAACAUUGUUUUAUUUCUCAUCUUCAUUUCAACUUCCUUCUGUGCUGCUGCAUCGUUUAGUAUUCCAAUAUAAUUAAUUCAAAAGCUACAAAACAAGUGAAUAGUAAUAAUAAACCAAAGAUUAAUUUGUGUGGGGUUUUUUUUUCCUCUCUGAUCCCAUAAGAUCUACAGGGUGGAAAAAAGGCUUUUUUUAAUUUAUUUUUUAUUUUAUUUUUUUAAUUUAAUUUUUUUAAAUAUAUUCAUAUAUUCUUUAUUUUAGUUGUGCAUUGCAUGACGAGUUUACAAAGAAAAACAUUUCUCAGAAGACAUGAGCAAUAGUCGAUAUAGAUAUAACGUGAAAUGUUGAGGAAGCUGCACAUUUUUAGUAAUUAAGAAGCAUUAGGAACACAGUACUAUGUUGAUGUGACACAAAGAAAAUGGCAGGGUGCAUAAUGUGGGAACUGUGGGAGAAUAACAAAACAUAGAAAAAACGCUGGUAUUGCAGCUAUAGCAUAUGUAAAGAAUAGCACAGGGGAGUUGAAAAGCGAGGGUAUGUCUAAUACUUAAGGCGCUGCACACUUUUUAAUCAUAUAGAGGAAUGGCCAAGCCUGGUAGGUAGGUAGUGGUUAAAAGGCAUAUUAACAACAUAGGUCUAACCUAACCCAAAAUAUGAGUAGAAACCAGACUCCAAAAUACAGAAGAGGGGAGUGAGAAACCUUAAAGGGAAACUCCAGUGCCAGGAAAACAAUCCGUUUUCCUGGCACUGCAGGUCCCCUCUCUCUCCCAAUCCCCGGUUCCUGAAGGGGUGAAAACCCUGCAUUCGCAUUAGAGCUCCCCAUGGGAAAGCAUUCAAAAUGCUUUUCAGUGCUUAACAAUGGGAAACAAUUAAAAAGAAGGGUGCAUAUAUUGGGUUAAAAUACAAUAAAUUAGAGUGCUACAAUCACCUGUGGGGUCACUCCACCACACAUAAAAUCAGUGAAAAUAAAAUAAUUGGUGAGAGCACACACAAUUAGUAGAUUUAUUUACCCUUGUAUUCAAUUAAAAUCCUGUAAACAUAAAAUCAGGAAAAAAAACAUAGGAUAAUAACGUCCAGAUAAAUUUUAGAAUAGUGAAUAAAUUUACAAACUCACAUAUUGCUGAGCCACUUAGAAGCUGUCUCAGACUAAGAGCGUUGAAUGGAUAAGAAGUAGUGGUAGCUGGAAUCAAAUGCCGACUGUUUGCUUGUCCCUUCUUUAAAAUGCCCAGGAUGCAGGUUCUUUUUAAAAAGGUUUUAUUACAAGGUAAAAACAUCAGCAAAAAAUAGAAAACUGCAAUCUCACUCUCCACACACUGACGCGUUUCAGCCAAAGCUUUUUUCAAAGUGUAAAUCCAUUCAGUUCAGUCUUGUUUUAAAUAGGACUUCUUUCGUGCCUUUUUCCUGCUCGGUUUUAGGCUCCUCCCCUUCUAUCUAGAUGCAACCGGGCAUCCUAGCGUCUGUAGUUACCCCCUUUACUUCCGCAUUCGUCAGAAUGACGUAGAGCGAUGGGAAGGGAAUUUCCUCACUUGUACCGGAUAAUCUUUAACAUUCACAGAAGUCAUUCAAUAAUACGUGCGGUGUGUGUGUGUGUGUGUGUGUGUAUGUAUAUAUAUAUAUAUAUAUAUAUAUAUAUAUAUAUAUAAUAUCUCAAUGAUCAGACAUUGCAACUGUCUAACAAUCAAAUUGAUACAUGUACUCACUCUGUAUACAUAAAAGAAUUCAUAAAAUAAAGUAUAAAAACAUUAUGCUCUGCUAAAAGACAAGGUAAAGAACAUAAAUACAAAUCAACAUCUUUCAGAAUUCAUUGUCAUUUCUAAUAAUUUUUUAGAAAAGUAUAUACAUACAUAACUUUAUAUCUUAAAGGUUAAUGUAUUAAUAAAAAUGAUGUUUAAACAAAUUGUGCAAGUAUACAAUCAAAUGACAUAUAAAUAAAUCAAUUACCUAAAAAAAUGAUUUAAAAAUUAAUAAACUUAUUAAUUACCUAAAAAUAAUUUAAAAUUAGGAUUAAUAGACUUAUUUAAAAAAAAAAAAUCUUAUUUAAAUAUAGGUGUGUUUCUCAAAAUCGGCAUUAAGCCCCCUUGGUAUGAGUGUAUCCAAAUCGAAGAUCCAUCUCAUUUCGGUCUUACUGAGGAGAUUAUCCUUAUCCCCGCCCCUCCAAUGAAUUUUUAUAUGAUUGAUUGCAAAAAAAUCGAAACAACUGGGAUCUCCAUUAUGAUACUCCAUAAAAUGUUUGGACACACUGUGAUUAGGGAAUUUUCUUUGGAUGUUGUAUAUAUGCUCCCUGAUUCGUAUUUUAAAGGGGCGUGAUGUUUUUCCCUAUAUAUUGUAGUCCUCAGGGACAUACCAGCAUAUAUACAACAUCUACAGUUAAAGCCAAUAUGAUUUGUUUGGAUAAAGGUUUUAAAGAAGGAGUUUUAAACAAAAAAGAAUAUAAGUUUUUAGAUGUUAGAUUCCCCAGAAUUCCGGUUAUUUAUGUUUUACCUAAGAUACACAAGGAUCCAAAGAAUCCACCAGGGAAACCUAUUGUUUCUGGAAUUGGGGGGGAUGCGGGGCUUCAAGAAGGUUGCUGCUUGGCGCUGGCCUCAUGACGGGAGAUCGGCCAUUAGGCCGCCUGCCAUGCUAGGCCGCAUUGUGGGGUACGUUGUGUCUCGGCAGAAAAGCAUGAGACUGGUCUCCUCGAGCCCCCACUCGUUUGAACAAUGAGCCACCAUCGAGUUGGGCUGCAGAAACCCCGAUUAUGGUUUGUAAUAGUCGCUUUUAGACUCAGUCAGGCCAGAGCUCUCAGCAUGCACCUCUGUUUAGCUCGGCUCUCAGGCCCUGCCCCCCUGUUUGUUUUUCUUAAAAUACUAAAGCCACUUCAUUUAAAUUUUUAAUAAGCAUUAAUAAAUGAGAGUUGGGACAUGGGGUCCAUGCCCCCUGCCAUUUUUAGCAAAACAAUCCAGCUCAGAAGAGAUUUUUGUCCAUGUGAGUUCUGACAUGUAGACAAUUUCAGAAAAUAAGCCUACCCCAGAUCUCUAUUUAAAUCAUUGUCAAUUACAUUUAAAGAUCACGUUUUGUUUCUCUUUAUCCAACGAUGGCCACACCUCCCCUUGCUGUGACUGACACAGCCUGCAUGAAAACAAAAUGGCUUCAUUUUCAAUCAGAUGUAACUUUCCUGCUCUGUAAAUUGCACUUUAAUUACAUACAGGAGGCUCCUGCAAGCUAUUAACAGAGCAGAAGAUAAGAAAUUCAAAAUUAAACCGGAUAAUAGAAAGUGUAAACAUUAGAUGACUCUUUAAAGGACGUGUUUAGGAAGGCUGUAUAAGUCACAUGCGGGAAAGGGAGGUGUGCAUAAGGCUGCAUAAACAAAGUCAUUUAACUCUUAAAUAGCAUAUAAUUGAGCGGUGACACUGCAGGGGCAUGACUUGUAAACCAAAACUACUUCAUUAAAUGGACACUCCAGGCACCAAAACAACUUUAUCUAAAUAAAGUUGUUAUGGUUCCAGGUGACCCCGGGAAGCACUCUUACCUUAGGGGGUUAAAACUUGUCUCAAACAGUUUAACAGUUGCCUUCAGCAGCGAUCUACACUUCUCCUCUGGCAGCAUCUGGCUUCUGAAUUUCUGAUUCAGUAAUCACUGAGUGCCGCCAGCAGGGGUGCAACUAAGCCAAUCAGUGAUUCCACAUUCACUGGCUUGGAAAGAAACAUACCUUUCUCAAGCCAGUUUAGUGAAUUAUGAGUCACUGAUUGGCUUAGAGCAUCUGCUGACACACUCAGCCAAUCAGCGGCGUUUCUGCCCGGUUUAACCCCUGGAGAGAAGAGUGCCUCCAGAAGCCUCCUGGCAUCAUAAUAACUUAAUUUAUAUGAAGUUGUUUUGCUGCCUUCAGUUUCACUUUUAAGCUAAAGUUGUUUUGGUAACUAUAGUGUCCCUUAAAGUCCAUAUUUAGCCAUGAUGGGUCUCCCAGCUUUAUUCAUGUGUACAUUAGUUAGCCAGAUAACAACAAAUUAGCAGAAUCUGAUCACUGUUAUAUUGAGACAAGAAGAAUUAAAAUGAUCCCAUACCGAAAACACAUAGAUUUUUAAAUAUUAAGUACCAUAACGACUGCAGCCUGUUUUAGCACUAUUUGACAUAUACCUGAAUCUCACAAGACCUUCUGGAUACUAGUUACCCACUACUUUAUUGCUAAGGUUUGUGAAAAUACUGGUCUUAUGUUAAAAAUAUAUAUCAAAAUAGGAACAGGAUAUGUUUAAAAAAAUUAAAAAUAGGGGGGCGGGGCAUGACCGCAGAGCCGUGUGGACGUGUAUCAAAAGAGCACCUGCACUAAGCUGUACUAAAACCCUAAUUCCACGACUUUAAAAGCGAUUGAUCGGGCCAGGAAGGCCAGCAACUGCAAGGGAACAUCAGGCUGAACAAAAUGUUACCCCACAAGGGACACUACAAGCUACAACCACGGGCCAGGUGUCCGGGGCCUACUCACAUGGCGAGCACAGGGGGGACGGCCGCCCUCCUGCUGCCAAGACCGGCUAUCUCUGCGAUCGAGAGCCCGUAUUCCCCCCCCCCCCCAUGGGCCGGCGGGGGUCAUCCCGGCCCAAUCUCUACAGGGCCAUGGGACCCUGCUAGCCUCCGUGACCAUAGGCGACCCACACUCGGAGGCCAAGAUGGCGACUGCCGGCAAGGCUCUAGGGCCUCCACUCGCUCAGCCUCAACCCGAGCAGCAGACAAACAAGCUCCCCUACAAGGACAACAUAGCGGCGGCCUUCGACCACUUCUGGAUGAGAUGGUGGGACAUAACACAGACCCGAGCCACCACAAAGACCUCUCGACUGCCCACCAGAUUACCUGCACAGAGCCCGGCACCGAAGCACAUAGCCAAGCCAAUGACCGGGGCACGGCGGCAGGAGGUGAGGGGAGCUAAACCCAGACCUCAAGGCCGCACAUCGCAUACCCGACGUCGUCAACCCGAGCGUCGUCAGCAUCGGAGAGCAACACUCCACAGCCCGCCGCUGCUUAAAGCAAAAAGGAGGCACACUCGACGGGCCAAUACCCGGUCCACAGCAGACGGUGCAAAGAGGGCCUAUCAGCACAUCAUCCACCAGCGGCGCUGCAAAGCCGCAACUAGCUCUCAGAAGGACUUUGACCCCACGUUCAACAGAAAUUCAGAGACACUUACCCGCAGAGCGGUGGCAGGAGAAGGAAAACCACUGCGCCGCCACAGUGGUGCCGGUGUCCCCGCCAUCCAAAGCACUCACGUGGGUCUGGGAAACAAUGGUGGUGACCCUCCACAUCUUCUGACGCGAGGCUCUGAGGAUCCAUGGGACUUUCCAGUAUGUGCCCUGCCAGAGCCGACUACAGGAGUCGGCUGACUCUCACUGACUCACCCUGCCGCACUGCGGCCUGGACUGCUGCCACGCCACCACGCUCAUGCAGUCAUGGAGGACUAUACCCCGCAAUAGUUUCAAGCCUUGCUACCCUGAGAUAAUCGACAAAUAGCACACUCAUGCUACUACAAAAUUUAUGCCUAGCCAGACAAGUACACUUAGCCACCUCACUAGGCAAUUUAACAUGUACCUAUUAUACAGUCGUGCUAAAGUAAAAAUUAUACCAGUCAUGUUUUCCCAUCUCUCUCACUACUCUGAAUACUACUCCCUAACAAGACCAUAUGAUAUAUAAGCAUGAAUAUCCUGGUGUUAUUUGUAACUAUAACUUAUGAUAUUCAUUUGCUCAGAUCUACCUGUUUACAGAUUUACCCAAUAAGCAUAGCUAGUGAUCAGCGGCCUACUUUAACAUAUGUUCUCAUGCUUUAUAAAUCUUUACGUGUCAGAGCCUCAACGUAUCCUAACCCUGAAACAUGAAAGCAUGUUACCACAUCUCACUGGUACUAACGUAGUUAACCUAUAACUGUUAAGCAUUACUUAUUCUCAAUUGUUUUACAUAUAUCUAUUCUGAUAGUAUAAUCAUCUAAUUAAGCUGGUUAAUACUCUACGAAUGUGCAAAUACUCCUGCUACUAACAAACGUGGGUUAAUCUUGCAUUACGCUUAGCUUGUUCAUAACCCAACAUUUAAAAAUUGUGCUGAUACUCUUAUGCCAUAAAUGUACAGCUACUGUGUUCAUAUCUUUUAAAUAUGCUGCUGUGGCAUUUACAAAUGAUUUGUUACUCCAUGCACAAAGAAAAAUAAAGAAUUAAUAAAAAAAAAAUAAAAAAAAAAAUAAAAAAAUAAAAAAUAAAAUAAUAAUACUUUUAUAUAAGUAAGCAUUUUAAGCUAUUUUGAUUUCCCCUCUCCCUUCCUGUUCAUGUCAUCCAAAAUGUUCUAAAUGUCAAAUGAAAAGAGAAAAACACACUCCACACCCAUAUGUUUCCAGCUCAUUCCAAAAUGGAACUUGACCUGGGUGUUGCCAGGUUUUUCUCUUCCUCCCUUUCACCUUUUAAAUGUAACAGUGAAUAAUAUUGGUAGUGGUUUCUAAGGCACCGGUCCAGUUUUACCUAGUUAGAUCUAGUGCUUUUUUUAUUCUCCAUUCGUUAGCUCCUGCAUCUCCUAGCUUUCCAGCUGUUGUUGAAAGCCAACUCUCAUAAAUCUUAAGUACCUGACUGGAUACAUACAACCUAAAGAUUAUGGGGCUGUUUACGCAGCCAAAACAAAACUAGUUGGUUUUCUCUUUUCACAAGUGUUUAGAAAGGAUAAAAUGACACAUUAUACUGUGUUAUUUGAUAAAAUAUCCAAAUUUUAAAAGCUUUACUAAUACUUGAAGCAGAUUUUGAUAUUUUAAAAGACUGAAUGUGAAUUAAAAGAGAGAAAUCUAGUUUUAAUUAUAAUAAAAAAAUGUUAAUCUGUAAAUGUUUACACUUCCCAACCAAUCUCGGCUAACUCUCACACCAAAAUUAUUUUUUACAAUCUUUUAUGCAUAUUCGUAAAGCAACAUUAUAGGCAUAGGAAUACAAACCUGUAUUUCUGGUAUUUAUUUAAUUCUUUAUUUUUCUUGUGCAUUUGGAUACAUACAUGCUUGCAGUGCCACAACAGCUACUGUGAGCAAUAUCAAAACUUUCAGUGGCAUAUCUGAGGAGUUGCACAUUUAAUAUUUAUAGAGUAUAACAUGCUAACAAUCGCUAAGUUAACAAUAAGUACACAUGUUGUUGUAGCUGGGUAAUACUAAUAGCCGUAGAGUGGCCAAUAUGUACUAAAAAUACGCUCCUAAUAAUAGCUAUGGAUUAAAAAGCUUAGACAAUUCAAGAAUAUACUUAGAUUUUAACAGGUUGAAACUUACGUUGAGUAUUUGGGUCAUAGUAUUAUCAUACAUGUCCUUAUAUGAAGUAGUGUAGACUAUGUGGUCGGUAUGUAUUAUUUGGGCAUGCGAGUAAAGUUGAGACAUACGUGCUAGGUACUUGAGUGGGAUAUAUGUGGACGUAGGCUCAUGUAAUGCUAGGCAAUCAUGUAUGCGGCACAAAGCUCGUAGGUGACAAGGUGUCAGUACAGGUGUGAGUGUGUGGUGUUCGCUGAGUUAAACAAGAAACGUUCAACAGUUAUUCUUUUAACUACUCCAGCAGACUGGGUGCCUAUUACGUAUGCCAAAAGUCACUUAGCCCACUCCUGCAGCCGGCAUGUUGUUCCCCAUGGGGCCCAUGGUAUGAGGCCCAUGGAUUGAUGCAGAUGUCUAUGUGCGCUCGUGUGGGUCUGGCCUCUUGGUGUUGGGCCCCCGUUAUCAGGCUGGCGUGAGGGUGGGUCGAUGUGCGUCCGCACUGUUACCCGCUGGUUCCCAGGGGCAGUGGGUAUGCUCCUGUUGCCACCCGACUGAUCUCCAGUCCCCUGCUGCCUUGGAUUGUCCCGCUGCUUUCGGCCUUUUGGGCGGCUCGGUGUUUGAGGUGUCUGCGCCUUCUUUUGUUUGACUCUGCUUGGGUGAGCGUGUGGCCGGGUGUCAGGUGCAGUCGCUGGGUUCGCCGGGAACAUAAGAGCCUCCAGUUUGUCCCAGAAGAUUUGGAAGGCCUUGUCUAGCCUGUGCUUGACCUCUGGCUGCUCUCUGUGAGUGCUGGAGGAGCAUGCUGCCUCCGCCAUUUUGGGUGCAGUGUCGUCGCUUGUUGCGGGACCCUGUGUCGCCGCGGCAUUCUUACCGGGUUGUACCAGGGUCUCCCGAGGGUGGACCGGGAUAACCCCCACCGGACCAUAGGGGGGGGGACGAGGGGCUGGUCUCCGCUUGUCAGCCGUAGAUGUCGGCGGGGGAGCGGCCGUCUCCCUCACGCCGACCACGUGUGUAGGCCUCAUGGGUAGGGCAGAUGUAGUAUGCCGAAGUUGUCGCUUGUGUGGCAUCAUUAUGUGCCCCUGUUUGUCACCUUCCGCUUGGUGUCCUUUUUGGGCCGUUUAGGUCCUGUUUUGAUGGCCGAAUUCUACUUAAUUAGAACUGCAGAGCAGGAGCUAUACAAGUUUGCUUCCUCUGCUCUCAGUGGUCAGGCCCCGCCCCCCAAACCUGUAUUUCUAAUGCUAUAGUCUUCUAGUAAGAUUUAUACACCUAGUAGCCUUUGCCAUGCUGAUCCCCAUGUGCCAGCCCCACUACCUUGGCAUAGAGCAUCAGUUUUGAUGAUCUCAGCCAAUCAAAUGCUUUCCCUUUAAGAAGCAUUGGGAGGUUAGUGCAUUUGCAUAGAAAAUCUCAGCGCCCAUCAAAUGAUCUCUAGGAGCAGCAUUUGAAUGAGAACAGAGUCUGACUUAGUUGUCAAAGCUGAAGCGUUUCUAGUGGCUGUCAGGCAGACAGCCACUGGAGGUGUAUUAACCAUGCUACCAUCACAUUGCUGUAUCUACUAAUUGGGAAUUUUUCAGGGUUAAUGCUAAAGGGUUACUGCAGCCUGACCACUUCAUUGGGAUACAUUUUAGUGGGAUACCUCCCUUUCUUUAAAAUAUAUAUAAAAAAAAUAAUAACUAGGACAGGUUUACAAAUUGUAACCAUGUAAACAGCUGAAUCUCCUGUUUUAUGGAGCAUUAUUGUCAAUAAAAUCCAUUUUGUGUUCUUUUUAGUUCGGUAUGCUUCCAUUUGGUAUUCUUUUCUUACAAUGUCCAUCUUUCAUCACAAAUAAUAAUAAUAACCUGUACACGUUUCAUAAUCUCACUGCUUUGCAUGCAUUAUUAUUUUGGUAUGUAGCUGAAUUUAAGUUUACUGUAAUUUUAUUUUGUUUUCUUCAUUUUAGAGAUUAAAAUGA